AUGCCUCAGCUCUACGAUAGACUGAUGACACGCACCACGGAAAGCGGGACAAUCUCAGAAGCAUUAAUGUUGACGGAUGAAGUGAAUCAGGGCCGAGCACCCGCUUUCACCUUCUUCAGUCGCAUGUUCUGUGUCAUGCCGAUGGACGCCUAUCGUGAGAAGCACCGUGGGAUCAGAAUCGUCCACAGUACCUUCGAACAAUUUCUCAACAUUCGACGAAUGCAAGCGUCCACGCGAGCUUCAGCAUCCACUGUCCAUGAACCCCUCUUCAUGCAUGACUGUACAGUCAAUGUCCCGACGGAGACAGUUGUGAAAAGUACCAUGCACCUCUUCGCCUUCGACUGCUCUAACUUAAAGUUUGCAAUCAACAAAAAACGGCGAUCGUACACUAGUCUUUACCCAAUGCUGAAUACAGUUAGCGUCGUAUCACGGCCAAAGGCACCCCAAUCCAAACAGUGGAAAAGUUCGCACAGCACACUCUUACGCAACACCAAAAUCGGUGACGAAAUGACUCAUCGGAUGUCUGAAGUCAGCCAAGCCUUUGGUCGACUGCAAGCCUCCGUGUGGGGAUGUGCAAAGUUGUCAUCUUAA